AUGCGUUGCCUGGCUCCACGCCCUGCGGGGUCCUACCUGCCAGAGCCCCAAGGCAGUGGACAGCGUGCCACGAUGGAGCUGGGGCCUCUAGAAGGUGGAUACCUGGAGCUUCUCAACAGCAAUGCCAACCCUUUGCAGCUCUACCACCUCUAUGACCAGAUGGACCUGGCUGGAGAAGAAGAGAAUGAGCUCUGCUCAGAACCUGACACGGACACCAUCAACUGUGAACAGUUCAGCAGGCUGUUGUGUGACAUAGAAGGUGACGAAGAGACCAGGGAGGCUUAUGCCAAUAUCGCGGAACUGGACCAGUACGUGUUCCAGGACUCCCAGUUCGAAGGCCUGAGCAAAGACAUUUUCAAGCACAUAGGAUUAGAAGAAAUAAUCGGCGAGAGUAUAGAGAUGCUGGAGGAAACGGGAAAAAAAAGUCAGAAAAGACCCUUCCCAGAGGAGCUGCCUGCGGACCUGAAACACAGGAAGCUCGCUCCCCCCUCCGGUUCCUUGUUGAGUUGCCUGAGCCUCCCCGCCGGACCCAUCAGCAUCAUUCCCACCCUCCCCACUCUGCCCCAGGGGCUCUGGCAAGUCUCAGGAGCUGGGGCAGAGGUGCCCAGUAUACUCAUCUGCCAAGGCGAGAUGCCCCAGGCCAGCCAAGCACCCCCUUCUAGUAGUCCAGCUAUCCACAGCUUCCCGAAGUCCCCAGACCGGCCUGGCUCCACCAGCCCCUUCGCCCCAUCUGCAGCUGACCUUCCCAGCAUGCCAGAACCAGCCCUGACCUCCCGUGCAAACACAACAGAAGACGAGAUGUCCCCCACCCAAUGGCUGGCAGCUCGCGAGGUCUCCAGCAGGCUUCCAAAGUGGCCUGGUGAGGCCUGGUCACUGUGCCUGGGUCUGAGGCCCUCCCUCCACAGGGCCGCCUUGAGUGACACUGUGGGGCUGUGGGAGUCCCUACAACAGCAUGGGGAGGCCAAGCUACUCCAGGUCGUGGAAGAGAAGUUCACUAUUGAGCCUUUCAAAGCCGAGUCCAUGAAGGAUGUGGAAGACCUGGGCAACCUUGUGCAGAUCCAGAGGAAAAGAAGUUCCUCAGAUGACACAGCAGGGGAACUCCCCGCCAUCCGGGACCUAAAGAAGCUGGAGUUUGCGCUGGGCCCUGUCUUGGGCCCCCAGGCUUUCCCCAAACUGGUGAGGAUCCUCGAGGCCUUUUCCUCCCUUCAGCAUCUGGACCUGGACUCACUGAGUGAGAACAAGAUCGGAGAUGAGGGUGUUGCGCAGCUCUCAGCCACCUUCCCUCGGCUGAAGGCCCUGGAGACGCUGAACUUGUCCCAGAACAGCAUCACUGACGUGGGCGCCUGCAAGCUCGCCAAGGCCCUGCCCUCAUUGGCUAGAUCCCUCCUCAGGUUGAGCUUGUACAAUAACUUCAUCUGUGAUGUGGGAGCCGAGAGCCUGGCACACGUGCUUCCAGACAUGGUAUCCCUGCAGGUGCUGGAUGUCCAGUACAACAAGUUCACAGCCGCUGGGGCCCAGCAGCUUGCCGCCAGCCUGAGAAAGUGCCCUCAUGUGGAGACACUGGCGAUGUGGACACCCACCAUCCCUUUUGGUGUCCAGGAACACCUGCAGCAGCUGGACUCCCGGGUCAGCCUGAGAUGACCCCAACUGUGCCUGGGGCAAGCACCCACUCUGAGGACACUGACCUCGCUGGACCUUGAACUGGUUAUCUGUGGGCACAGCUCUUC